AAAAAAUAAUACCUGUAUAGUGUUCACAUUUUUCUCUCCUCUUUCUUCUCUCUCUCCUUCGAUCACAUCACCUAUGGCCAGUCUAUGGCGAGCAGUGAUGGGCGACAACACAACUCCAUCAACCGACGACUACGACGGAGUAGAAUUCUGGGUCAACCCUGAACGAGCCGGCUGGCUCACAAAACAAGGCGAGUACAUAAAAACCUGGCGUCGCCGGUGGUUCGUAUUGAAACAGGGGAAACUGUUUUGGUUCAAGGAAGCGAAUCUCAGUAGAGGAUCGAAACCGCGUGGCGUUGUUCCGGUGGCUAAUUGCCUUACAGUGAAAGGAGCUGAAGAUGUUCUGAAUAAACAAUUCGCGUUUGAGCUUUCAACUAGGUCCGAUACUAUGUAUUUUAUUGCUGAUUCGGAGGAGAAGAAGGAGGAAUGGAUCAAUUCGAUCGGACGGUCUAUAGUGCAGCACUCUAGAUCUGUUACUCGUGAUGAAAUUCUCGACUAUGACAAUGAUAGCCGGAAAUAAAAUUAUGGUACGUGUAUCUUUGUUUUUUUUGGGAAAUUAAUUAUUUUUUCUAUGGUCGUAGUGUGAAUUGAGUAUAUAAUUUCUGGUAUUUGAAGCUGUAAGUACUCUGUUUGAAUUAUGAAUCUUGUAAAUUUGCUGUCAUUUCUGAGUUGAAAGUUUCUCCUUUGCUUUUUUGA